CAUCGUCUUCCUUUAGGUAGAGAACGGAUUAUCCUCAUUAUUGUUUGUAGAUCUUUUAAAAUACACAGGUUAGGCCAGACAACACAAGGAUCAGGCCAUAAUCUUGCAUUUUUGUUCUAUAUGACGGGUGAAAAUGAAGAAUUGGAAUCUUUUACAUUUUCUUGGUGUCAUACUAACAAGUUUCUUAAUAAUUGAUAAGGGAUUUGCGUUGGUAUGUGAAGAAGAAUCUUUUGCAUGUGCAAAUGGAAAUAAGUGCGUUCCCAAGCUAUGGAUAUGUGAUGGCGAACACGACUGCAUUGAUGGAAGUGACGAACAAACUUGUGGCUCCGUGAAUGCCUCUUGUGCUCCUACGCAGUUUAAAUGCUCGACUGGCCGAUGCUUGCACAAAAACUGGCGCUGCGACAAAGAAAGGGACUGCAGUGAUGGUAGUGACGAACUGAAUUGCGAUAGUGUUAAAAAGUGCCAAGCGGAAAGAUUCCAGUGUAAUAAUAAAAAAUGUUUAUCACCAAUCUUUGUUUGCGAUGGCGAGGAUGAUUGUGGGGAUCGCAGUGAUGAAAAGAAUUGCAGUGCAACAUGUAGCCCAAACCAUUUCAAAUGCGCUGCUAAUGGCAGGUGUAUUCUGAAGGCCUGGCGCUGCGAUGGAGAAGAGGACUGCAGGGACGGCAGUGAUGAGAAAAGUUGCCCAACAUCGACAAUAGUAUCCUGUAAAAAGCCCCAGUUCAGAUGCGGUAAUGGCCAAUGUAUUCCAACGACGUUUGUUUGUGACGGUGACAAAGACUGUCCUGAUGAAAAGGAUGAAGAGAAUUGUAGAAAAAAAACCUGCAGCAAUCGUGAAUUCAAAUGCAGGGAUGGAAAAUGUCUCCUGAAAGGCUGGCGCUGCGAUGGCGAAAAAGACUGCUUUGAUGGGUCUGAUGAAGUGAAUUGCUCCAGAAGUAGUUGCCCAAAAGGUCACCAUUUGUGCCCGGGGACCGUUGUUACCAAGGGACUCAAUUACUCAGACCAUUGCAUAAAAAAUGAAUCACUUUGCAACGGCAUUGCAGAUUGCUUAGAUGUCAGUGAUGAAAUGAACUGUCCUGUUUCAGAAAGAAAGGUUAUAUGCCAGCACUUUAACCCAAAGAAUUGUAGCGAAACCGGAAAUUGCACAUCAUCAAGAGUCUGCGAUAGCUGUGUUGCAGUAUGGCGAGAAAUUAAUGGGACAAAGAAAAUUUUGAUGCAGGGCUGCUGGAGCAAGUGUUAUCAGCAAGAAGAAUGCACUGAGAGCAUUCGUCAUUCAGAUUUGCGAUACUGCUGUUGUACUGGGCAGAACUGCAAUGCCAUAGACAAUUUACCAUCCAGUGUCGAAGCAUGCACUGAAUUUAGAUGUAAUGAUCGAGGCAGCUGCAUUCCAAGGAGUUCUGUUUGUGAUGGCAUCAACGAUUGCCUGGGCCUGGAAGACGAGGAAAACUGCGAGGCUGAAUGCCUCACGAGCCUUCGAAUAGUUAACGUUUGGUCGCCUCAAGACUCUCGUUUAAUCUGGACCCUCAGGAGUCACAAUAUAUUUAUAAACAACACUCAGAGUGCUUGGUGCAGCAAAAAAGGAUGGCCAAACCAAUGGGCCACGCUAGAUCUUGGAAAGGUGCGCACAAUUUCGACAAUAAUAAGCCUUGGAUACCCCGUUGCUACCCAGCCUGGGUUUGCCAACUUCACCAUUCAAUUCAGUUCGGACAACCAGACGUAUUACAAUUACACCGAGGCAGGGAAAAACAAGUUAUUUCACGGGAGCCCAGACCCUUUGCGCAAAUCAAAGAACUUUUUCGAACAACACGUGAAAGCGAGGUUUGUCCGGCUUCAUCCUGUAGCGUCGCCGGGUCAGAACUAUGCUUGUAUGCGGGUUGCCGUCCUUGGGUGUGACCGAGACGUUAUCCCUCGAGUAGAAUUAUCUCAUCGAAGAGUGAUUGCUGAUAUAAGGACGAAUGCUGUGCUUAACUGUUCAGGCCUAUUUCAACGAAAUCAGCCGCUAAAACCCGAGUGGUUCUUGGAAACCAACAGCGAUCAACCUUUUGAAAAGCUGCAGACAGGCCACAACUACUUGGUAGAAGAAGUUGGCACAGGUAUCCUUGCAAACAGAACGGUUCUCUUCGCACGAAGGAGCAUCAGAUUGACUUUCCGGUACAGCAUAGACUACAUACGGGAGCGUUUUACUUGCCUUGUUAACAAAACCGUCGGCCAAGUGUUUUGCACUGCUAAGUAUUCAUGCGGGGCCACCUUUGGUCAUCAGCUUCCUUCUCAGUCAUUUGAAGUCGCAGUGAUUCAGUACAAUUUAGGCGGUGCAGUCAAAUCCAUUAUUCUGUCGGUGCAGAAUGUUACAGCAUCAGAGGCUACUGUUUCUUGGGAGAUAAAAGAAAAGCCGAAUUAUCUGUUGUCAAUCCAAUCUUACUUAUUUUUGAUGUUUAAUAAAAGAGAAAAGUUGCUAAGGCUGGUACGAUUAAAUGAAGGAUUCUGCAAGCUAAAUGGUUUGCAGCCUUAUCGUCGAGUGAGGGCACGGUUAGUCAUACAACCAAACACUUUCAUCGGAGUGAAAGGCAUGCUUGCGAGCAAUACAGUCCAAUUCACUACCCUUGUCAAAGAACCGGGUAUUCCCCCUAACCUCACUCUCGUGCAGAUUGGCGCGACAAUGGCAAUCAUCCACUGCAAGCCACCGCCACAAACGAUGCGAAAUGGACCCAUAGAUGGCUUCAUUUUUUCGUACAAACGGACAAAGUUUGGGAACCAACUAGUUACCGAAAAUGAAACAAAACUGGUAUUAAAGGGUAAAGAAGUUAUACAGCUUUCUGGAUUAGCGGCAUCGUCAGUAUACCUCCUCAAGGCAUUGGCUUACAAUGUAUAUAACGGAAAAGAACUGCGAAGCGGAGUAACAGAAAUGACAAUAACAACAUUGGAAGGAGUGCCAAGCUCAAAGGUUUCAAAUGUGAAAGCCAAUUUUGAGCCCCCGAACAAAAUAAAAAUAUCGUGGUCGCCGCCUACCAGCAAAAACAGUGUUAUUGAUCAAUUUGAUGGGUUCCAGAUAAGAGUCCAUGAAAUAUAUAGUGGAAAAAGAGUGAGAAGACAAAUCAGCUCCAUAACCAGGCUGAUAUCAGUGGAAAGACAGGCCACGAGUAAAAGUAUAGCUGUAACACAUGAUGUUAUGAUGUGCAUGAUUUCAGUGGCCGUCUUCUCCAAAGAAGGAAGUGGCCCUUUUUCUGACCCGAUUGUAGUCAAUACCAGAAGGAGAACAACGCCAGGGCCCCUUUCAUCUAAACAGUCGUCGGUUUCAAAAAGGAGCAGCGAUGGAGCAACAACAGGAAACCCUGAAGUUUCAACAAGCAAUAGAAUAAAAUCAACUAGAAUUACUACGAGUGAAGUCCAAGAAGCGACAACGAAGGGCCUCGAAGGUUCAAUGGCUGCAAAAUCAGGAAAAUAUGGAAAGAGCGAGAGAAUUUUCCUCUUGGAAUUCAUCAUAUCUCUAUCAGUGGCAGUUGUUCUUCUGCUUCUUGUUAUUAUCCUUGCAUACAAAUGCUGGGUAUAUACAAAAAAGGCUAAUUGGGACCAUCGUGGUUGCAACGAACAUCGUUAUAAUGGCAAAACUGCGGAACCAUUUUUACUGGAUCAAGAUGGAGAUGAUAUGAGCCCACCCGCGACGCCCCUUGACUCCUAUCCUUACCCUAAAAAUGACUUUAGAGACAAAAUUUCUUUGUCCAGUCUGUAACAGAAAUCUAAUUGGUACUCAGCGCUGACUUUAUAGCAGUUUUUUUAAAUAGAUAACCAAAUUUUACUCAUGUCACACUAUAACAGGAGAGGAAUCAGAAGAAAGGUAACUGUUUUUUACGUGGCGUACUGUAUCCAAAACGUCGUACUCGCCAAAUGCGCGGUGCUGCAACUGGCGGUGGGCUAUGCUACUCAAACCUAUUACGUUAUUCCGAGUGGCCCCACUCUGGUUCAACUUUUUAAAGGGACAAGCAGCAAUGAGAUUACAUAAAUCAGAAAACUGAAGCUUGUCGUCGUCCAUUGCAAUUUGAACUAACUUGUUGAUAAUCCUUUUCCAUUUUAUUAAAAACUUUUUUCCCGUCAAACUACAGGCAGGUUUACCCCGGCAGGUUCAAGUCCUCUCUAAUUACGUGAAUCAAGAAGUAUAUUGGAAAAUUUGCUUGUAUAUCAUAAGCUAUACACAAAUUCUCAAGAUCUUUUCGUGAUGUUUUUUAGGUUUUGGAUCCGGGUUCUUUUUCGGUGUGUUCCGUUAAAGCCAAUCGCUUAUCGAUUCGAUUAGCGCUUUGGAGAAAUUUUUCAAACACCUGAUUCAAAACAAAACUGCUCUUCUUGUAUCUUCAUUUGAUUCCUGCUUAUGAUGCCCUUCCACCGUGUUUGUGUCCCGCUCAAGCCUCGAAUUUAAGUACCACUAUAGUUCUGCCGCCGUACCAGUUUGCCAAUGUCUUAAAUUGGGUGCCCCUUUCAAAGUAUUUUAUCCUAAAAUACGUUUUUUAUUGUUCAUGAUGGACGCUAAUUGACUUAGAAACCACGAAUGUGGAUAGUGUAUAAUUCUUUUUCUUCGAUUAUUUUUGCCAUAAAGCAUCAAUUUUUGUUUACUAGCUUAAAGCAUUUGUAAUCAAAUGUAGUUUCGAUGUUAUCCUCGAAAUUUAUACUGACCUGUUUCAUAGAAUGGCUUGGUUCAUAAUCAUUUAUGCCACGUGACUUGAAAUAUCGUUCAACUUUAUUUCAAGGCUGCCUUCUAUAUUAUAGAUAACAAGCAGUAAGAUACAAUCAUGGAAUAACAAAUCAUGAUUAUUAACCCACCAGCUUCAUCAUCCCCAAUUUCAUCAAUUGAAAAAAUGCAUAGUAAUAUAUUCUGUAACCAAACGUAUAUUCUGUAACCAAAUGUAUAGGCCUUUAGGGUUUCAUACCCACGUGAUCAUCAUCGUCAUCAGUCGCAAUCUCCAUAAUAAUCAUCAUAAUGUACCCCAAAUGAUAAUCACCAAAAUUAUAAUCAUAAAUUUCUCGACAUUGUACGCAAGGGAAUGGCAGAAAAAUCUGACUUCUCACCUAUACGAUAUAGAAGCCAUGUUGUCGAAUUCUAUCAAUGUGAUUAAAAAACGGAAGUAUCAGAAAAUGCAAUACAUAGGCGGCUUUUAACACAGUUGCCGCCUUAAUCCCGAUAGGCUCUAGUUCUUUAGAUUUGUUUCAUCGUACGGGAAAAAUGCGACUGACUUUUAGAAGUUGCAUUUUUAUUAAAUAGAGUUUAAGUUCGUUGUGGAACUUAGAUGAACUAGCAAUAGAACUUAUUGUCUGUUCCCACUGAGAGGCAAUUUUGAUGCAUCUUUUAUUAAUCUCACUACUGCCA